AUGGAAACCUCGCAUCAGACCUUCGGGCGCCGUUUGUCGACCAGCCAGCUCUCAUACCCCAAUCAUACCCUCGGAGAUAUCGCUGAUCUGAGCUUCGUACGCCUCGGUCGGGUGGGAAGGGAUAAAGACCUUGGCCCUCUUUUACAUCCCGGGCAGCCUCUCAGCAAAGUGCGUCAGACAGUCCUUGUUUGUUGCAUUGCGCAGAUCAGCAUUGUCGAGAUUGGCCCCGGCCAUCGCCCCGGCCUGGUUGGGGCCCUGAUGGGAGGUGUCCUGGCGUGCGCCUUCAUCUGUGGACCUCUCUUCGGUGGCCUCAUUACGCAGAGUGCGUCCUGGCGCUGGAUAUUCAACAUUAACAUUCCUUUCGGCCUCGUCGCUCUCGGAGCCAUCAGCUUCUUUUGGCCACAGGAACCUCAGAUGGCCGAGAUCUUGACGUGGUCUGCGUUUGUCAGCAUCGACUUCGUCGGCGGCCUCUCUUUGCUGAGUGCCUCGGGGUUUAUGGCCUACGGUGUUCUACGUGGCGGAUCGUACGCGGCGGCGUGGGAUGACCCAGAGAUUGUUGCGGCCCUCACCAUUGCCAGUGUAUGCUGGGCCGUCUUCAUCACCUGGCAGUACCUGCUGGCCAAGAAGCACUUCCCCCACAUCCAGCCGCUCUUUCCAAUCCGACUUGCUACCGAGCGUGUGUACAUGACUGGGUUGCUAGUCACCCUUCUCACCGGCUUCCCGUUCGUUCCUCUGACUAUCAACAUUCCCCAACGCUUUCAAAUCAUUCACGGCGACAAACCUCUGAAGGCGGGCGUCCACUUAUUGCCCAUGUUGGGAGCAUGCGCAUUGGGAUCUUUUGCAUCAGGUGCCAUCUGCAGCAAACGGAACUUUUUGUGUUGGAUACUCAUGGCAGCAGCGUCACUGCAACUGAUAGGCCUGGGUCUCAUGUCGACCCUUGACGAUCCUGAUGAAAGCGUCCGUCAAAGUUAUGUUUACCAAACCAUCUUUGGUCUCGGCACUGGCCUUGUUUUCAGCGCCGCGACUAUUCUAGCUGCUGUCAAGACCAUGGCUCACAAUGACCUUGCUGUCGCCAACGGCGCAAUGGCGCAGGCCCGCGUCCUCGGCGGCUGCAUCGGUAUCGCUGUUUCCACUGUCAUUUUCAACACGCACUUCAACACAGCACUGCACGAGCAGCUUACACCACAACAAAUGAGCGAUCUGCACCGAUCCCCUUCUUCUGCUACUCAAUGGCCAGACGAAGCACGCGGAGCCGUCCGUGAAGUCUAUGCCACAGCGUAUUCCGAAGAACUCAAGGUGUUGAUGUACGUCGCAGCAGCUACCUUGGUCGUCUCUUUGUUUACGUACGAGAAGAAUCCGAUAUCGAUCCACGAGGCUGUGGCCGCAGCCAAGGAGAGAAAUGAUAAGCACCACGGUCCGGAGACAGACCUGAGUGACCUCGGCAGUCUUCGAUCUACCCGGACUGCCGAAACUUAG